CUCCAUUUUGAAAAUUCUGUUUCGUCAGUCAACAAUUAGCGUAGUAGUCGGAUUGGCCGAUACAGACGCUUCCGUUUCACGUUGACGUUCUCUUUCACGUUCUUUUUAGUAAAAUGGCUCCCAAACCGAAGCCUACGGAUAAAGCAGGUAAGCCUGCGGAGAAGAAGGCAGAGAAGAAGACGGAGAAGAAGCCAGCUGCCGCGGCUUCUACUUCUAAAGUGACAAAGCCUGCAGCCAAACCUGCAGCGGCAAAGAAACCGGCGGCUGCCAAAUCAGCGAGCGCUGCCAAACCUGCCGCAAGCAAGCCUGCGAGUAAACCUGUCCUCAAGCUUGCCAGUAAACCGUUGAUCAGCAAACCCAAGAAAAAUGUACAGGCUGCUAAAAAGACCCCGAAGGGUGGAAAAUCAGCAGCUCCUUUGCAGAGAGCUCUCAAGGCGCAGAAAAAGAUCUUGAAGGGAGUACAUGGAUCCCGGGUACGGAAGAUCAGGACGUCUGUUCAUUUCCACAGGCCCAAGACCUUCAGACCGCCAAGGAAUCCCAAAUAUCCACGUAAAUCCGUGCCAAACAGAAAUCGCAUGGAUGCUUUCAAUAUAAUAAAAUUCCCACUUACAACGGAAGCGGCGAUGAAGAAGAUCGAAGACAACAACACUCUGGUCUUCAUCGUGCACACGAGCGCCAAUAAAUAUCACAUCAAGGCGUCGAUCAAGAAACUCUACGAUGUCGAUGUGGCGAAGGUGAACACUUUGAUGAGGCCAGAUGGCAAGAAGAAGGCGUAUGUGCGUUUAACGCGCGACUACGACGCGCUUGACGUCGCCAACAAGAUUGGCAUCAUAUAAUUUCUAUCUCUCUUGUUAAGAAAUAAAAUAAAAUCUGUACUGAUAAUAAAAAAUAUCAAUAUGGACAUUAA